UCAAUUCUCUGUGGUGUGUUAAUUCAAUAUAUUUAUUUAAAAUAUUCACUAAAUUAUUAUAUUCAAUAAUUUUUAUCGACUAGCUUCUAUGACGGCUUGGUUUUAACUAACUAUUUAUGAAAAGAAUAGCAGGGAUAUUAACAAAGGAAUUUUAAAAUGUGAUAGUAAACUAUAUUUUUGACAAAUUUAUUUUAUCUAUAAGUGGAAUUUGCCAGUGAGGACACACUGGCUACAUUUAAAUCAGAUUGUUAAAUUUUGAUGAAGUGUUAUCGAUAACGUUGAGUGCACUUUUGAUAAUGCCGAUACUUCAGAACAGUUGUUAGAAAGUUACAAUACAUGCAAUGUCUGUAUGAAGCUUAAGUCCGUGGCUAAAAUUCUAGACAGUGUGGAGUAUUAUUAUUACAAUGGGAUGUAAUGUGUGUUUGUUAAUGUCCAAUAUGAAUUGGAGAACAAAGAGAUAGGUGUUCGUCAUUAUUUACAAUGUUAUGUGGCACUGUUUAUCAAAAUUUUAAUCUAGAUACCUUUAGGUAAUUAGUUUAGAAAAAUUGUUAUCAGAAAAUGAAUCAAGAAAUGUGAAUCAACGAAUUUUCCAUUCCAUUACUGUUUCAUCGUAAUUCCAGAUUGCGAUAGAAGUGGUACGCUUCCCGCUAACCCGGAGUUUGGUUAAUUGCCUACGUGUCAAAGAAGCACAAAAAAAACAAUGGCAAAUAAAACCUGGAAUGUGCUGGUAACGGGAGGUGCUGGUUAUAUUGGUUCUCACACUGUUUUGGAACUAUUAGAGGCAGAUUUUAAGGUGGUGGUAAUAGACAACCUUAGUAAUGCUUACAAAGGAGACAAUGAUGUGAAGCCAGAAUGUCUAUUAAGAAUAGAAAAAUUGACAAACAAACAAAUUGCAUUUAUCCCUUGUGAUAUUACAGAUAUCAAUGAGUUGAGAGAUGUGUUUAAAAAGAAUAAAUAUGAUUGUGUUAUACAUUUUGCUGCUUUAAAAGCUGUGGGUGAAUCCUGUGAUAAACCAUUAGAAUAUUAUAAAACAAAUGUCAAUGGGACAUUGAAUUUGUUGGAAGUAAUGAAAGAAUACAAUGUAAAGCAUUUAAUUUAUUCGAGCAGUGCUACUGUUUAUGGGGUUCCUGAAAAACUUCCCCUAGUUGAAAAUAUGAAAAUUGGCAAUUGUACAAAUCCAUAUGGAAAGACAAAGUACAUGGUUGAAGAAAUUUUAAAAGACUUGUGUACAUCAGAUAAGGAAUGGUCUGUCAUAUCUUUGAGAUAUUUCAAUCCUGUUGGAGCUCAUCCUUCUGGACAAAUUGGAGAGGAUCCUAAUGGAAUCCCAAACAAUCUAAUGCCAUACAUUGCUCAAGUAUCCGUUGGCAAAAGAGAAGUACUAAAUGUUUAUGGCAAUGAUUAUGAUACUGUGGAUGGAACAGGUGUUCGCGACUACAUUCACAUUGUAGAUUUAGCAACAGGUCAUGUGAAAGCAAUGAUUUAUCAGAAAACUCAAAAUCCAACUGGAUUUAAAGCUAUCAAUUUAGGUACUGGGAAGGGUUAUUCAGUGCUUGAAGUGAUCCAUGCGUUUGAAAAGGCGUCGGGUCAAAAAAUACCGUAUAAAGUCGUCGAGCGCAGAGCAGGAGAUAUAGCUGCUAGUUAUGCAGAUGCUGGAACAGCUAACAAAGAGUUAGGAUGGCAAGCCACGAAGAAUAUUGACGAUAUGUGUGCAGACACGUGGAAAUGGCAACAAAACAAUCCAAACGGUUAUAAGUCUUAGUUAUAAUUGUUGAUGCAUUUAUCAGAUAAAUAUUGUUUAAUAGUUUAACGAUCUUCAAUGAUACAUUUUUAAUUAUUUAUAUAUAAGCCAUGGUGGUAUCUGGUUACCAAAGUUUAGACCAAAGCUCAAUGUAAAUGUAUGUUUAUCUAAUAUUAAGCAAUUCUUAUUUUCGAAAUCAUUUUAAUUAAAUAUCUAUAAUAUAAUACUGAUAUAAUAAUCGAAACCCAUUGGAGUUUUAUACAGAACGACAAACUACAUUACAUUAUCGUGCCAUAUUAAUGAAUGUGCCUACAAAAAACGCAUAAAUCCGCUUUCGACAACGAUAUUAAAUUACCAAUAAGUACAAAAUAAAAAUUUACCUACUGUAAAUUGUGUGUUAAUAAAACGUGCAAUAAAUACCAAAUGUAUUAAGUAAUGUGAUCUAGAGUAAAUUAAGAGCCUCAUUGUAUGAAUGAUGUAUC